AUGAAGAACUUUUUCCGGUUUAGCAGAGGAAACUCCUCUGGCGAGCGCGUGGAGGCCGCUGAAGUGUCGCACAAUGGCUCCGCGGCAACCUCCGUGAAGUCCUCCUCUCUCAGGGUGAUCUUCGUGCGGCACGCGGAGUCUAUGAACAACGAGCUCUACCAGAGGCUGCGGGAGAACGCUGUCGCUGGAAGACUUACCGCGAAUUCGUCAGUUGAGGAUCUCUUCGAGGCGCAGCGCGACAUCGAUCCCGGUUUGAGCGAGCGCGGUCGCCAGCAAGCGCUGCUGCUCGGCGAGCACUUUCGCGAUGCGUACUUAUCCGACUGCGGAGUUUCUCUCUCGCCUUCGUUCCCGCCGACGGCGACGACGGCCUCGAGCUCCGCCGCGUCUCGGUCUCCUCCUCCCCUUCCUGUGUCGCCUGCGCCGGUCGCGGGCGCCGAGCAAGCUGAAGAGGCUUGUGCGGCGUCUGACGCGCUUCACGCAGAGACGCGGCUGAGGGAGAGCGCAGAGGCGACGGCGGACAGUCCCGCGUGUGGCGGCCGUCCGACUGCGGAGAGAGACGCGGAGGCCAGCGAACCGACCGAUAAUACCGAAGAAGAGCUCGAAAGCCGAGGAGACCGCGCGCCGGAGGCAGCGCGGAAGGAAGACGCGCCGAGCGACGGCGGAGCCAGAGACUCCAGUGGCCGCGUGGAGGCGCGUGGGGGUGACCGGCUAGUCUCCGUUCCGCGCGUGGAAGGCGUGAGAGUCCUCGUCUCCCCCCUCCUGCGCACGAUCCUGACUGCGAUGCCGCUCUGCGAGAGGCUCAAUUUGAGACCAGCUGACUGCGUGCUGAAUCCCGAAACUUUCGAAGUUGGUGGCCUGUACAGAUUUUGCCGCGUCGCAGAGGGGGAAACACCGGUGUGUAUGAGUUACGCAGGCUGCACGAAGAAAGACUACGAAUCGCGAUUUGGCGGUCGCCUCACUGCGCCUGACUGCCUCGAGGACGGCUGGUAUACUCCUGGUCGGGGCAAGGAAAGCUUUUCUGAGGCGAAAGCGCGGGCGAACCGCGUCGCGGAAUCGUUGUGGCAGAUGACAGAGAGCGCGGAGGAGGAGGGCCUCAAAGUGUUGAUUGUCGUGAGCCACGCGCACUUUCUGGAUCUGUUGAUGAAGGCGCUUUUUGCGCCAAAGAGUCCGGAGGACGUUUCCUCCGUGUCGCCCUUCUUUGCGCAUCCGGGUGGCGCGGCGCUCGGGAAGCCUGCGUGUCGCGGGGGCAACGAGGUCACCGCGGCACACACGUUCCUCUUCAGCAACACGGGCGUCACGUCACUGCGGCUGUCGUGCGUCACGGAGAGCCUCGCGCCGCUGCCUGAGCCGUCCGCCGCGCUUCUCAAGACGCAGUGGCUGUUCUCCGCCUCCUCCGCGGCCAAGUCCUCGCGGUACAUCGUCGUCGACUGGAUGAACCGGGUAGAGCACCUUGAUGGGCAACGAGGAAACCUCUGA